CAAAUAAAAUGGAGUACGCUGAAGAAGCCAUUGUAGUGUCAAAUAAAGCGGUAGACUGUGACUGUAAAGGUCAACUGCAAGCUGCUGUAUAUUAUUAUAAAGAGGCUGCAACACUCUUAGAACUUGCCUGGAAGAUACGAAAAGAUGAUCCUUUAGCCAAUGAAUGGUGUCAAAAAUCACAUGAUUAUGUCAAUAGAGCUGAAGCUUUGGAAUAUCAAAUUCAAAAUGAAGCGGCCAAUAAUAUGGAAAAUAUAAACCAAGAUAAAGUAAGGUUAAAACAAUGUAAAUAUUUACUCAAGCAAGCUUUGGAUAUUGAUGAGUCAGGAAAAGAAGAUUUGGCUAUUGAUACGUAUACGCAAGCAAUUGAAUUAUCAUUAAAAGUGAAAAAAGAAAUAUCAGAUGAUGAAAUGAUAAAAAAUUUAACAAUUUUAAUUGAAAGAGCUUUAGAUCGAGCCGAAAAACUAAAACAAUCAAAGGAGUCAAGUUCGUGUAGUAGCUCCAAUAAUACAGCAGUAAUUCAUAAGAAAGUUGUUCGAAAUCAAACACCUAAAAAUGAUCUUUAUACAGAAGCAGAAAAACGAGUAUUAUUGUUCACAUCAAAAAUUAAUAAUAAAGAGUACGUUCCUUUCAUGGAUGUUGAUCUUUUAGAGAGGUUUCAGUUAUCUAUUCCAUUUACCGACAAUGAUGGUUUGCUGACAUUAUCGUUGGAACAAAAAAAAAAAUUUGUUCAAUGGAUAAGACCAGAUCAAUUAUGUUCAGAUCCAAAAAUGGUCGUCGGAGACUCCAUAGAUUUUUACAGCAUAAAGCAAACUAUCGUGACGGACUGUUCAUUUGUUGCAUCAUUAGCUGUAUGUGCUGUGUAUGAGAAAACAUUUAAACAAAGAUUAAUUACAUCAAUUAUCUACCCUCAAAAACAUAAUGGACAACCUGUAUACAAUCCAUUUGGAAAAUAUAUGGUCAAAUUUCACCUUAACGGUAUACAGCGUAAGGUAAUAAUAGAUGAUCUACUACCAGUUGGCCAGUAUAACUCAUUAUUAUGCUCGCAUUCAUCAAAUAAAAAUGAAUUUUGGGUUUCUCUUAUAGAAAAAGCAUACCUUAAAGUAAUGGGAGGUUAUGAUUUUCCAGGAUCAAGUAGUAACAUUGAUCUCCAUGCUUUAACUGGUUGGAUACCAGAACGCUGUGCUAUUCGUUUAGAUGAAAAAACAUUUAAUGCUGAUGGUCUCUUUGAAACUCUCUAUACAAGAUUGUGUAAAGGUGAUGUAUUAAUUACUGUCGCUACAUCACUAAUGUCAGCAGAAGAAGAGAGAAGAACUGGUCUUGUUUCUUCACAUGCAUAUGCCGUUUUGGCUGUACAAAAAGUUAACGAUUUAAAACUGUUGAAAUUGAAAAAUCCCUGGGCUCACGUACGGUGGAAAGGACGUUACUCAGAAUUGGAUGAAAAGAGUUGGACAUCUCAGUUAAGAAAAACGCUCAACUAUGAUCCAACAAGUGCAGCUACAUUCGAUAACGGAAUCUUUUGGAUAGAUUAUGCAUCAGUAAUUCAUCAUUUCGAUGUAUUUUGUAUGAAUUGGAAUCCAGCAAUAUUUCCAUACACAUCAUGCAUACAUAAGACUUGGAAUACUGGAACAGGUCCUAUUUCUGAUUUAUAUAACAUAAGUGAAAAUCCACAAUUUUUUCUAGAUGUUGGUAAUAUUAACAGUGGUGCUGUUUGGAUACUUUUAACCAGACACAUAACUGAGUUACAAGAUUUCAAAGAAAAUCGGGAAUAUAUAAGUGUUUUAGUAUACAAAAAUAAUGGAAAACGUGUUCAUUACCCAAAUGAUCCUGAACCAUAUAUAUCUGGAACGCGUAUCAAUAGCCCUCAUUAUCUUUGCAAGAUUGUUAUUAAUGAUAAAACGCCAUCCAAGUAUACAUUAGUCGUGUCUCAAUAUGAAAAAAUGAACACAAUUAAUUAUACACUACGGGCAUAUGCUACAUGUCCCUUUACAAUGCAGGAGUUGAUUAACUCGUAUAAUCCCAAAUUCAAAACUACUGUCAAUGGUGAAUGGAAAGGAAUAAGAGCUGGUGGAUGUCUAAACCAUAGUACUUAUAAUGAUAACCCAAAGUUCAAAUUAACAGUAGACGGAUCAUCUGACACUGAAGCAUUACAAAUUGAACUUAAGGCACCAAAACAGUACCAAGUUGGAGUUGAAAUAUCAUGUGUUGGUUUAAAUAAUACAAAUGCUACAGCCAAGUUUAAAAGCAAAUCCUCUGGAAGCUAUAGAUCCGGGUAUGUGAUUCUAGAAUUAGCUGAUAUUCAACCUGGAACAUAUGAAAUAAUUCCUUCAACAUACCUGCCUGGUAAAGAAGGACCAUUUAUAUUAACCGUUAAUGCAUCUUGCUCAGUUAGUAUUAAUCAAAUUCGAUAGAUUAAUAUUAAUACAUAACA